AUGCUCAAAGCAAACUAUUCAAAUAUUUGGAAAUAUUUUGGAUUUAUUUUGCUAUUUACAACGAUUUUAUCGGCUGUACUCUAUAAACCACUUCCAGAAGGAUUUACAAAAACAAAAAUGGAUAGAAUUAUUAUGAAUAUUGUUGAACCAGCUUUACGUGUUGCAUAUUAUUAUCCAGUUAGUUUAUCUUUUUUCAAUAUGAGGUGAAAAAAUCAAUAAUUUAUUCAUAUUUUCAGAGUCGACUUUUCUCAAAACCAAGUAGCAUGGUUUGGUGGACUCGUCUUGCAUUAAAUCAUAUGUCAUCAACUCUUGGAAUAACUGUCAAUACAAAUGGUGUUGUUUCAUCAUUUUGGCGUAAUUGGAAUGGUGUUAAUGUUAAAAUCUAUCAACCAUUAUACAAUAAAACUGAAACAAACGGAGCUGUUCUUUUUAUUCACGGAGGAGGAUUUGCAUUAGGAAAUGUUGAAAUGUAUGAUUCACUUAUGAGAAGAAUGACUGCUGAGUAAGGAAUUUAUUGAUUUUUUUUCAUCUGGGAAGAGUUAAUUGAUAUGUUUUUCAGAAUGAACACAAUGUUUGUAUCAAUCGAAUAUCGUCUUGUACCAGAAACAGUUUUCCCAGGAAAUUUGUUAGAUUGUGAAAAUGCUGUCGAUUAUUUCUUUGCAAAUGCUGCUGCUGAAUUUGGAAUUGAUACUUCAAAAGUUGUUAUAAUGGGAGAUUCAGCUGGUGGAAAUUUGGCGACAGUUGUUGCACAAAGAAGAAAUGAAAGAAAUGCGGUGCCAAAAUUAGCUGGACAAGUUCUUAUUUAUCCACUUGUUCAAAUGGCUGACAUGCAAACUAUUUCUUAUCGAUAUUUCUUUGAUCAUCUUGACGGAUUGGCGCUUGUUGGUGAGUUUAUUGAAGCUGAGGAUUUGAUUUUCAAUUUAACCUAUUUUUCUUUUGCAGAUCCAGAAUCAGUUGCAUAUUAUUACAUGUUUUAUGCUGGUAUUAAUAUGGAUGAAAAGAAAUAUCUUGUCAAAAAUGUUGUUACAAAUGGUCAUAUUUCCAAAACUGUUCAACAAGAUAUCAACAAAAUUAUGGAACACAAACAUUCACUCGAAAUUACAAACAAUUAUAAAAAUGCAACAAUCAAAUCACGUUCAAAUGUUGAAGAAAGUAUUGAAGCUCAAAAUCUUCUUAAACCAUUAUUGAUGAAUCCAGAUAUUUUCCCGUUGAUGAGAAAGAAUCUAUCGGGUCUUCCACCAACAUUGGUUUUGACAUGUGAAUUUGAUAUUUUGAGAGAUGAAGGAAUUUUGUAUGCUGAUAGAUUGAAGGUUGGUUUUUUUUAUAAUGAUCUGAAUGUUCGUUUCUAAUAUUAGUAUUUUUCAGAAAGCUGAUGUUCCAACAACUGCAAUCAAUUAUGAAAACGGGUUUCAUGCAAUGCUCAAUUUCCACAGUGAAUUAUUCGAAGCAUCUGAAUCUGUUAACGAUAUUGAACGAUGGAUUUUGGAUACAAUUGGAGCAUGA